CCGUAGCGGGAAGAGCCGCGCUCGGCCUCGACAUGGCGGCGGCCUGCGCGGGGGGCGGGAAGGCUCCGGGCCGCCUGCUGAGGAUUUCAAGGAUUCUUGACCACUGUUACUGAAAUGAUAUUACAGAGGGCAGCAGUUGCAUUGUGUUCAUUGGAUGAAACCCAGAUAUUUGCUGUCAGUCAAGUGGGUGAAGGCCCUAACUGCAGUUUACAUGUGUAGGUCACUGCGUUACUGCGUCAGUCACUGUCUCUAUGCAGCAAUGACAAGGCUUGAGGAAGCAAACAGAGAAGUGAACAUGCACUCAUCAGUCAGGUACCUUGGCUAUCUCGCCCGAAUCAACCUACUGGUUGCCAUUUGCAUGGGCCUUUAUGUCAGGUGGGAAAAAACUGCAGAUGCACUGAUUUUGGUAAUAUUUAUUCUGGGGCUCUUUGUUCUUGGAAUUGCUAGCAUACUGUACUACUAUUUUUCAAUGGAAACAGCAAGUUUGAGUCUCUCCAAUCUUUGGUUUGGUUUUUUGCUUGGCCUUCUCUGUUUUCUCAAUAAUUCUGCCUUCAAAACGGAUGUGAAAGAAGAAGCUACAAAAUAUUUGCUUCUCUCUGCCAUUGUUUUAAGGAUAUUAUGUGCUUUAGUUGAGAGGAUUUGUGGUUGUGUCCAUCAUCGGCCGACUCUGCUGACAACGGUUGAAUUUUUGGAGCUAGUUGGAUUUGCAAUUGCCAGCACAACUAUGCUGGUAGAAAAAUCUGUAAGCAUUAUUUUGUUGGUCCUGGCUUUGGCCAUGUUGAUUAUUGACUUACGUAUGAAGUCUUUUUUGGCAAUUCCAAAUUUGGCAAUUUUUGGAGCCAUUGCAUCCCUACUCUUUUUUCCAUCACUGGAAAUCCCCACAAACCCUUUUGCCUUGGCAUGUUUCUUCAGCUGCCUCAUUUCAGAUCCCCUUCUGGACGUUUACUUCAGUGGACUUUCUGUUACUGAGCGAUGGAAGCCCUACCUGUACCGUGGUAAAAUUUGCAGGCGGCUUUCUGUCAUCUCAGUUGGAGUCAUUGAACUCAUCUUUUUCAUUCUUGCAGCCUUUAAACUACGUGAUUUGGGUCUCUGGUAUUUUGUGAUACCUGGUUUUUCUGUUUUUGGGAUUUUCUGGAUGAUCUGUCAUGUGAUCUUUUUUAUAACGCUGUGGGGAUUUCACACAAAGCUGAAUGACUGCCACAGGGUGUACUAUACUCACCGUGCAGAAAGCAACAGCCUGGACAGAGUCAUGGCAUCUAAAGGAAUGCGUCACUUCUGUUUGAUCUCAGAACAGCUGGUAUUUUUCAGCCUUGUUGCGACUGCUGUUUUGGGAGCUGUCUCUUGGCAGCCAACCAAUGGGAUCUUCAUGAGUGCAUUUCUCAUCGUUCUGCCUUUGGAGUCCAUGGCUCAUGGGCUUUUCCAUGAGCUGGGAAACUGCUUGGGUGGAACAUGUGUUGGGUAUGCUGUUGUGAUUCCCACCAACUUUUGCAGUCCUGAUGGUCAACCAACUCUUCUUCCACCUGAGCAUGUCCAAGAGUUGAAUCUCAGGUCUACUGGCAUGCUUAAUGCCAUCCAAAGAUUUUUUGCAUAUCACAUGAUUGAGACAUACGGCUGUGACUACUCUACAAGCGGACUGACCUUUGACACCCUCCACUCCAAGAUCAAGUCUUUUCUAGAACUUCGGACUGUGGAUGGACCCAGACAUGAUACCUACAUUCUGUAUUACAGUGGUCACUCACAUGGCACUGGUGAAUGGGCACUGGCAGGGGGUGAUGCUUUACGACUUGACACGCUGUUGGAGUGGUGGAGAGAAAAGAACGGCACUUUUUGUUCUCGACUGAUCAUUGUUUUAGACUGCGAGAACUCUCAGCCUUGGGUUAAAGAAGUAAGAAAAGUAAAUGAUCAGUAUGUUGCUGUGCAAGGAGCAGAAAUGGCCAAAGUUGUAGACAUCGAGGAAGCAGACCCUCCACAGCUUGGUGACUUCACCAGGCAAUGGGUGGAGUACAACUGUAACCCUGACAGCAACAUCAGCUGGUCUGAGAAGGGGCGCACGGUGAAAGCGGUGUACGGUGUGUCAAAGCACUGGAGCGACUACACUCUGCAUUUGCCAACGGGCAGCGAUGUUGCCAAACACUGGAUGAUGUACUUCCCACGCAUCACCUAUCCAUUAGUACAUUUGGCAAACUGGUUUUGUGGUCUCAAUCUGUUCUGGGUCUGUAAAGCGUGCUUUAGGUGCUUAAAAAGAUUGAAAAUGAGUUGGUUUCUUCCCACAGUGCUGGAUACAGGACAGGGCUUCAAACUCGUCAAAUCCUAAUCAGCAACCAAAGAGAAAAUGAAGUGAGAACUCUGUGAACUUUCUCACUGUACCAUACUUAAAACUUUUUCUAUGACUAUUUUUCUCUGAAAAAGUCUGCUCUACUCACUUUAUUCAGCUUUUUGAGCAGCUACAGUAUAUGCAACAGUUAGAAAUUGCAAUCUUAAACAGAAGAGGGUAGAACUAUGAUAUUUUGAAUUUUGUAACAUGCACGUAUAUAAGAGACUUAUUUAAUAUGACCAUACAUUUUGGAGACAGGUCACAUGUUCAUAUGCCUUAUUUAAGGCAGCCUUUGUUUAUUUGAUGGACAGGAGCUCCUGUGAAUGCUAUACCAUGCUAAUCUGUCAUUUAUGUUCACUAUAUAGUUUAAAAACAGGAAAGGAACCAAGCUAGUACUCCAGUCAAUUUACAUGUCCUUGAAAUUAGGUGGUGGAGUCACUGAGCCAAAAACUCCAGAAUAUAUAGCUACUCUAUAUAAGUAGCUACCAAGAAGCUUUAGUUUUAUUUGCUUUUACAUCUUGUGCCCUGCCUCAGUUCUCUAUUGCCAUCAGUGGAAAUUUGCCAUGGAAAACAAGGAAAUCAGACAACCCUCUUAUGCUCUGAUGCUUGUCAGAUGGUGUGUUCUGAAGUGAGUUUUAAAAACAUUCAGUGUUACUUUCAACAUUAAAUAUCUUGCUGGUGAUCUUCGAGCAUACAUUCCCAGUAGUUAAUUCAUACUUGGAAUAAAAACUGCACUGAGCUUUUUUCCCUCACCUGUUAGGUGAUUCUGAAUUUUCCUGGCUCUUACUAGUUUGUAUUUUGUAAAGCUACUCUGGAGAAAACAAAGCAAAACAAAACCCAACGGAUUUAACAAAGAAAAUCAUCCAUAGAAAAAAAAUGGGAAUACAAGUGUUGCCUUGCUUCCAUGUUUAUGUGAAGUCAUUGGUGUGCCUAAGAUCUUCAUUCUGUGAAAUUCUGACUACAGAGUUGGACCACUGAGUUCAUUAUUUAUUAAAACCACAGGCAAAAUUUGUUUGAAUGGAUUAUUCUCUUGGGAGAAGAGGGUAUCCUCAGUAUUGCUUAAGUCUUUUCUUCGACCCACAAGGUCUAAGUUUAGGAUGGGGCUCUAGAAAUCCUUUCCAAUCAGUCAUAUAAGCUUCAUGGCUUUUUUAUGCUGUUUUCUCAAGUACAAAAAAUAAGGGGUAAAACAAGUAAGUGGCUAAGACAGUAAAAUUUGUGGUGGUUUAUUUGCAUAUGUGUGUGCAAUUCAGUAGACCUAUAGUUUGCUUUUUUUCUGUUUCCAUCAGUAUUUUAAUAAAAGUAUUGGGGAGUAGCUGAUAUUUGUCUAAAAUGCAACUUACUAAUUUUUUUUAAAUUUAAAUACAUGCAAAUAGUAUGUAGCUCUUGCAGUCUGCUUUUAUGGCUUUUUCUAAUGCCAUUUGAGCUUUCUAGCCAUAUAGAAAAUCUGCUAACAGUGAUAACCAUCAAUAACUCCCAAAUUAAAUAAUAAAAACCACAACAGCCAAUUGUACCCACCAAUUUCAAAAUGGUGAUUUUCUCAGAGGUACAAGUGGCAGCCACUACAUUUCUUAAUUAGUAUGUAUUACACAAUGUUUAGCAACACACCACCUCCCACACUGCUUUCCCUUUCUCCAUCCCCUUCCAUUACAUGAAAAGGAGAUAAAGAAAUUACAGAUAAAUUAUAUCCUGUGAGGACUCAAUGCCUUUGGUCAUCUCUGAGUAAAUGUGAUUACAGCUCUGUCAGUAAGGCUGUUGUCAGUAAGGACAGAGAGUUCUCACACCAUCUGACUUCAGGUAUCCAACUUAAGUUCCUAAUGUGGGAGCCAGAGCUAGGAGUCAUCUCAUUUAAAUUCAGAUGUCCAAAAGCCAGAUAUCUGAAUCCAUACUAGUGACCUUAAGUGCUCCACUGCUCAUUAGCAAGGAGAAGUAAAUAUUUCCAGAGGAAAACUGAUAUGGUCUCUAUUGUAGGAUGAAUUUUCCUGUGAUUGAGGGCAUUACAUUUUUGUUUUGCUUUCUUGUGCCAAAGGUCAAGCAGACAAAUCCCUUAUUUCUCUUGAAUAACCUUAGAACACCUGUAAGCUAUACUGUGGAGCCUGAGCUGGGUACCUAAGCUCCUUGUUCAAGCACAUAAACUUCAAGCACAAAUACUUGAAGUUGGGUUGAACAAGCAUCCAUCAGAUUGCAGAAGAGCAGCACUGCCUUCUGCAGAAGUCACUGUCUUCCUUUCCUGGUCAUCAGCUAUUGAGUAUAGAUUCAUAAAGGCUGCCUUUGCUUUUGGUUUGUAAAAUCAUCAUUAUUUUGACUUCUUUUUCAGUAAAAGUUCACCUGAUUGCAUCAUAAACUGUUACAGCUUGGGCCUUAGAAAUUUUUAAUAAGGUCCCCAUAAACACGUGAUAGUAACCCUGGGAACAUCUGAAGCUUUAAAUAUCAACCAUAACACCUGCCACUAACUAUAAUUGACAGAUCUUAAUGGAUAAAUUUCUACGUGCUACUGUUAGGUGUUUAUGGUCAUCAUCUGUAUCUUUCUUUUUGUUCAUGAAGGGGAACACAAAAAGUGUGGGAUUCCUGACCCCUCCUGAAUCUGUGAGCAGGAAUCUGCUAUGCAGUGCAGUGAUAGACUUAGCUCUGGGCAGAAUAAAUGCAACAGUUUGUCCUGCUGUUUUGCCUCUGGAUAUUAAAUGGUUUCCAGCUUACUUACCAAAGUUAGACUUUUUCCUAGGAUAGGCUGGUUGAUAUUGAGCUGUUUGCUGGCAGAUAAAGAGCUGGAAAACAGAGCAAAAAUACUAUUUGCAAAGUUAAUCAUGUGUUUGCAGAUUUGUUUCUAUUUUCUCAAUAAUAGAUCUCUGGUUUUCUGAAAUUGUUCUGACAUGAGCUAAGAUGUUCCUACUUCUGAUAUCGUUACUGUUUUAAACAGCAAAGGCAUGGUGAAAAUGCUAACUUUAAAAGAAAUGUUUACAGCUGUUUAAAUUAUGAGGCCUUUUUGGACAAAGAGACUGUCCUGUGUUUCAAAACACAAUCAAACCAGGGCUAUGGAUGAUGAGGACUUCAGCUUCAUCAGUUCUUCACUUCUGCACUGACUUAUAUCAAGGCAUCCUACAGUGACCCACGUUCCCAGGUGGAAUUUCUCUCCAGCUCCUGGUGCUUACUCCUCUCCACAGGUCUCUGCCCAGCCUCAGGCAUGUGCCUGAGGGAGAAACACUGGGAGCUCCUGUAAUCCAAGUGAGGAGUUAUCCUUGUGCUGUUCCUGUAUAAAAGACAAGGCCUGAAAGAAAUUUAAAUCUAAUUCCAAAGAAUGUUACAUAUGCUAUCAAUUACGUACAUGUUGUUUAGUGGUAAUGUGUACAAAUUUCUGGGUAGAGAAGAACUUUUAUGCAAGGUUUGUCUCUGUAUUGUAUAUUCAGACAUUUUGCUAUAAACUUUGUUUAAAUUUGUGUCACAGCAUAAUUGUAUGUUGACUUUGUUUCAUUUACCUCGUGCAUAAUAUCAGCCAUGCUGAAACAUGCAAAUGCACUGAGUCCUACAAAUGUAGGUCUUUUAAAGGGGUUCAAAUUGCAUAUUCACAGUAGUAUUUUUCUCUAAACAAGUAUUGGAGGGAAAAAAAAGCCAUUAUUCUUCAUUUUUGCACUACUAGAGUUAUGUAUUUGCAGUUCCUUAUGCUUUGUAUGCCUUGUAGUUGUUGUCCAGUCUUCAGCUCAAGUUUUUCCCAAAUAAUUUUGUUUAUUUUGUAAAAGCAUAGUUAAUGCUAUGCUAGCAGUAAGUGUGUCUGUUGCCAGCAUAGACAAUGAAAUAGGAUUAAUUUUCUUGUUUAUAAAUACCUUUUGUGGGAGACUUUUUACUGAAUAUAUGGUUUUUAGAUAUGUAAAUAGAUUUUUUGAGUGUAUUUGUGAUACUACUUAAAUAUAUUUUGCUGGUUUUGAUGCUCA